AUGCCUAGCUUAGUUACCUCCAAAAAUUCUUUCGAAAUAGGCCUUGAGCAAAUGACAGACAAUAUCAUAAUGCUCUACAUUAUAAAUACAAAUAUCUGCACAUCCUCUACCAUCAGUUCCCAAGCCAACAGACAUAAACCAGAGCUUACAAUUGCUGUUGGGCCUAACGAAGAUCCCCAA